AUGCCUAAAGGUCCUGAGAUGGACUUUGCUGUGUCCUUUCUCAUUCAUUGUUGCGACAAUACACUCAAAGGCCCUAUUCUACGAGGUGUUUAUGGAGAUCUGAAGAGACCUGGAUCUCCCCAAAGCAUUGCUAAAGAUCGUGCUAAAGGUCAAGACAUAAGCUUGCAGCAGAAAAACCAAGAGCAGGAAAUCAAGAAACCUGCAUUGAAGCAAUCUUCUUUGGACUCUUUCACAAAGAGGAAGAGGUUGCAUAUGACAGGGACUGCUACUUCAGCUUCAGCAGGCAGGGGUGAAGACGAGAAUGGACGUGUGUCUGAUUCGUUGAAAUCAGCAAAGAUAGUCAGGUUGCGAUAUAACACUCCGAUCUUCAGAGGCACUUUCUCUGUCAGCAAGCAGAAAAAUAUAUGGCCUGAUCCAAGAGUAGUGCCUGAACUGGAGUAUAGUGAUGGCCCAGAGGCAUUUCUCAAUAGUGACACGAAUCCCUUUCUGUCUCCUUUGUAUCUGCCAUACUCUCUAACGGGUACCAUUUCAGAUGAUGCCGAGGUGUUAUUGCAUGCUUACCAUGCAUGGCUCAGAGCUGUGGUCAAAUUCUGUGGAAAUCAUUGGCUAUCAGUGGAGCCUACAUGGACGGUAAUCAAAUGGGAUCACUCCGCAUUUGACACCUUUGGCAUGUCUUCCACCUUGGAUGCCAAUUUGAGAGGUCGUACAGUGUUAUGCGAGGCCACUUACACGUUUCUGUUUUCAUCCCAUCUCAAGAACAAAUGCCGACUGAAAAAGGCCCUGUCGUAUGAUCAUGUCGGUAUUUGUGCUACUCUACAAGAGCAGAUUAACUAUAAAAACGAACUUGUAGCAGCUGACCAUGCUUUUGACAUCUGGAACGAAGGUCAAGGAGCCAAGUUCGAUGUUUUUCAUCCACGAUUGUUGCAACACGCACAACUUCCAGGACAUCUUUGUCACCUGAUAGAGUUCGACCUGGUGAAUAUUGGGGAAGAAUAUCAAGAUCCUAUGGGUGCUGUCACUUGUUUCCUGGUACUAUUUUGGACAAAGCACCAUGGAAAAAACAGUGCACAACUUACCUCUAUGAGGAUAAAGAGUGUGGUUAUCAAACAUUCAAAGUCAGACUGGGUUGUAGGACUGCUCAAUUUCUGUGGGGUUUCUUUGGUCCAGACGCUGGGAAAUGGCCGAUAUAUAUAUUAUGUUAAGUAUCUUGGCCAUGGCGACUUGAACCCUGCACCACAUUAUUUCAAACUACUACAAGAUAUGAAAUACAAGUUGAUGGGUCAUAUCUGCAAGGUAGUCAAUCAGGUGAAAAAGGAUGGAACAUGGGAAACAGGUUAUUGGUGA